AUGAAUAUCCUAUGCUUUUCAUCAUAUAAAAACAAGAAUGAAAAUUCUGGAAAAAUAACUUCUACAAGGCAAGUAAGCCAAGGACAGUUCCCAGCCACACAGAAUAUGACAGCUAUCGAAGGAGGAACAGUGAACUUAACUUGCCGUGUUGAUCAAAAUGAUAACACCUCCCUCCAGUGGUCAAAUCCUGCUCAGCAGACCCUAUACUUCGACGACAAAAAAGCACUUAGGGACAAUAGGAUUGAACUGGUUCGGGCUUCCUGGCAUGAACUGAGUAUCAGCAUUAGUGACAUCACGCUUUCAGAUGAAGGACAGUACACGUGUUCCUUGUUUACAAUGCCUGUCAAAACGUCCAAGGCUUUCCUAACCGUUCUUGGAGUUCCCGAGAAGCCACAUAUUACUGGAUAUACAUCCCCAGUUAUGGAAGGAGAUAAAAUACGCCUGACAUGUAAAACAUCUGGUAGCAAACCAGCUGCAGAUAUUAGAUGGUUCAAAGGUGACCAAGAAAUAACAGAUGUUGAGAAAAAACUAGAGAGAGAUAGUAAUGGAAAGACAUUCACGGUUAUUAGUGUCCUGGAUUUCCGAGGGGAUCGCAAAGAUGACGGUGCAGUUGUGAGCUGCAGAGUGGACCACGAAUCCUUAAAUUCAGCACCUCAUAUAGCAACGCAGGACUUAGACAUUCACUAUACUCCCACUGUAAAGAUUCUGCCCUCUACUCCUCUUCCUCAAGAAGGACAACAACUAAUUUUAACAUGUGAAUCUAAAGGAAAACCUCUGCCUGAACCAGUAUUAUGGACAAAGGAUGGUGGAGAGCUUCCAGAUCCAGACAGGAUGGUCGUGAGUGGACGUGAAUUAACAAUAACUUUCCUGAACAAAACAGACAAUGGAACAUAUCGAUGCGAAGCAACCAACUCCAUUGGUAAAAACAGUGCAGAAUACAUCUUGAUAAUAAACGAAUCUUUAUUUACAACCACAAUCAUCCCCCUUUUCACCACUGCAACAGUCAAAACCUCUGUUACCAUAACACCCCGUUCAAAAUCAUCCGUCUCUGGCACUGAAGAUCCCAACGCAUAUCCUGGUCAAGCAGCAACUGACCACGCUCUUAUAGGAGGGAUAGUAGCAGUAGUCGUUUUUGUCACAUUAUGUUCAAUUAUAUUGCUUGGGCGAUACUUGGCAAGACAUAAAGGGACAUAUUUAACAAAUGAAGCAAAAGGAGCUGAAGAUGCCCCCGAUGCAGACACAGCCAUUAUCAAUGCAGAAGGCAGCCAAGUGAAUGCAGAAGAGAAGAAGGAAUAUUUCAUUUAAAUGCAAACCUGGUUACUACGAGUUUUACUUAUCAGGCUGACUGCUGGAAAAAAACUGGCUAUCUUUUUUUCUUUUUUUUUUCAAAAUUCAUUCCCACCAUUUUCCGCUCCAUUUUAUUAACUCCUGCUAUCAAUAGCCAGCUUAUGCCAACAAUCAGCUGUUGACAGCAUCAUACCCUAAUUGCAUUUCAUAAUGCAGGACUUUUCUGACUGCAGAAAAUAUAUGAAAAAUAAUAAAAAAACAUGUACAUUGUUUUGUUAAAAAUCCGAUCAUACAGUGCUUGAAUAUACAGCCUUAACAAUUUUUUUCUUUAUUUUUCUCAUUGUUACACAGCAAGCAUUAAUUUUUUUAUGUUUACACAAAUAACUUCCAGGCUGCCCUUUUGUAUAUCCCUCCAGCACACAUACGAGUACAUAAAUACACUAACAUGUAUUAUAGUCCAUGUUAUUGAACCUAUCGGCAGUUCCAUGAUUACUACAUUCCGUACUGACCCACAUAUAGAGGCCCAUUAAAGGACCUUUAGGAUAUUAAGCAACAGCAUCCUGUGUGGCUGGGUGCGGUAUUACAAAAUAGUCUGCAAUAAUCUGGGCUGCAUGUAUAAAGACCUGAUUGGAAUCAAUUGAAUAACUUACACUUAAAGAUAAAUACUAUUUUCUACCUUUCAUUAUGACUGGAUGAUUUAUUUUUAAUAGUGAUGUACUACAAAUGACCUGAACAUAGUAACAUCAAGUAUACAGAUAGGCUUUAAUAACAGUCAGGGCAAAGUCAUGUAUGGCAUUGAAUACAAUGGACACGCUCAAUGUAGGCUUAAACAAUAUAAAGUAAAUUAUACUUAUAGGGAAUGUUCACCCAUGGAUACCAUUUCAUUUUUUUUGCCUAAAUAGGCUUAAAAUAUUGUGCUGAUUAACCUCUUAGCAGAGCUCUAAAACUCCAGCAUUGACAUAAAUUUGAAAAGUAAUAUUCUGUUUCCCUACAUCCACCACUAGAUGGAGCUUUGGAGUUUACUGCAUACUGUUUAUACAUUGAAUUCAAACUUAAAACAGUAUAUGGCAAGUUCCUGAGCUCCCCUUGUUGGAGACUACAGGCAGCCAGCAUGUCAUCUAUAAAUCUAUGUCCAUGAAUGAUGAUUGUGAGCUAUGCCAGAAAAUAAAGGAGAGCUCCAAAUACAAUAAAGAUAUGCUAAGAAAAAAUAAGCACAUCAUUUUACCUAAAAUGACUUGAUAUUAAAAAGUGGAGAUUCAUUUAAGCCCAUGGCAUAUUAAAUAGUACUUCCAUGUGUUUUUGUCUAUAUUAUGUUUUACU